AUUUUUGCAGUCUAUGUUUCACAUCAAGCUAUGCAAAAAGGUGUAGUACAAUCCCUAAAUCUCUCGAAAGCGAAAAGGACUGUUCCUCACUCGGCCUGAAGGCUGAAAAUAUUCAAGGCAGAGAAAACGUUGUUUUAUUUUGGACACAAUUUGUUUCGGAUAUUUUCUACUACACGUGUACAGAGACUGCUUUAAGCCAAAUUUGUACGCGGGCAGCUGUCUGAGCGAAGCGUGCGUUUGAAUUUGGUUUCCUUGUUUUUUGUAAUCUAAAUUUUGUCUUAAUGCCUCCUCUUCUUUUGGGACCAAGACCGACUCAGUCGAAAGUUGGAUGUGUGAAUCGAUCCUCAGAUAUGAGCAGUGGAAAAUGGAAGAGUGUCUCGUCAACUGAACUUGCUCAAAGCAUUGAUAAUGGUGGAGCGGGUAAUUCGGCAGAAAUUCUUAUUGUUGACUGUAGAUCGCUAGUAGCUUUUAACGGACUACACAUAAGAGGAGCUAUCCAUGUGAAUUGCACUGGAAUAGGGCGUAAGCGACUUUCACAAGGCAAGGCUAAACUAAAAGACUUGAUUUCUUCAGCUGAGGGCAAAGAGAAGUUUAUCCGUGGUGGAGUGGGAACAACCUUUGUUAUCUACGAUGAGUUGUCAAGUGAUCCCGAAGAUUGCAAUCCGUGUCGUCCCAUUUGCUUAGUUUUACAAAAUCUUUUAAAAGAAGGGAGAAAUAUUUCGGUGCUAAAAGGUGGGCUUAAAGAAUUCUGUAGAGAUUAUCAAAACUUGUGCGAAAACGCCCCUGUCAACCAUUGUGACGUCGCCGACUUCCCGCCUUCGCCGACGACAUGCGGUUCGUGCCCAGGUCGCCCCCAAGGAACUCCUGUGACGGCCAUCUUACCUUACCUGUAUCUUGGCAACGAAGAAGGCGCGGCUGAUGAAGCCCUAAUUGAUAGGUUGUCAAUUAAGUACAUCCUUAAUCUGACUCCUCGAUGUCCUAAUUUUUUCAGUCACAGAUCGGAUCUUAAUUAUAGGCAGAUUAAAGUAAACGACUCGAACCAGGAGGAUAUAGCACAGCAUUUCGACGAAGCUAUUCAGUUUAUUGACGAAGCCCGAGAACGCGGCAGCGGUGUUCUUGUGCACUGUCAUGCCGGUGUGUCACGCUCGGCCACCGUGACAGUGGCUUACAUCAUGAAGCAGCAAGGUCUUUGCUUGGGAGACGCAUAUAAAUUUGUCAAAGAGCUUAGGCCGGUGAUCUCACCAAACCUCAACUUCAUGGGGCAACUGCUGAAGUAUGAGAAGAAAAAGAGAAACGGCGAGAGUUCGCAAGGAAAAUGUUAGUUUGAAGGGAAGGGGUUAGUAUGGGGGUAUGCCGAGAAAAGGUAUGGAACCAACACACUUGACUCGUCUGUGUGUUGUCUUCCAGGCCUCCUGGGUAUUUGGUAUCCGUGAGGAAGAUGAGAACUAGGGAGAACUCGUAGAAUCCUCAUCUCCUUUGUAUGAAUUUGUAUAUAGGAUAUAAAUAGUAAUAUCAAUAACAGUGAUAGUAACUAAAAAUGACCAUGUCGAUCGUAAGGGAACAGUAACUAUCAAUAUCAUUGGAUUAGAAACGUGAAAAAAGUGAAAUUCCCUAUUCUUUUUAUUUCGAUGUAUGUGUGUUAGGUUUGUAGGAUGUCUUUAUUUGUCUCAUUUUUAAAUUCAUCUCAAGUAGAACUUAUAAAAAAAAGCGAUGAGAAUUCCCCUCUGGGUAUUUUUGAAAGACAUCGGAAGUCAUCGUGGACUUUCCGUUAAAACGAGUUCUCGACGUUAUCAUGUAUAAGUGAAGUACAGCACUGUAGAUAAAAAACCUUGUGCCAUUUCAGUGGUGAAGAGUUUCAACAUCGCUUAAUAGUUUUAGCAAGCUUUUUCACAACCAUUUGCCGUAAUUUUCACGUUUCUUUCCCAGAUAAAUCGUGUUUCGACUCCAUUUAUAGUAAUACUGAGUACUGUGUACUUGAGAACCUGUAUACAUUAAUUUUAUGGAUCUGGAAAAAAAAUUGCCACGUAUAAAUUAUAGAUAGGUUUAAAUGAAUUUAUGACAGCGGGAGGAGACAUCGUACCAAAACAUAUUUUGGGGAAGUUGUCAGGAUCAGGGAAUAUUUUAAAUGUUAUUUGGAGGGUGAAGAUGACUCGAGCGCUGCUUGAUCCUGGUGUUGUACACUCAUAGAAGGAGUCUGUGAGAUGACGUUACAGCGUGACAAGGUAAGGUGAGGUUAGGACGACUUCUUAACCCUUUAACUCCCUGAUCAAAUAGUAAUUCUCCUCACUGUCAACCAUACAAUUAGUUCAGAGAAUUUAGUAUUGUAUCAACUAAUUAUUCCCAAAUUGAUAUUUGUCUUUAUUCUCAUCACUUAUCUGGUUGAUAUUGUAUUGAUAUUGUAAGGAGAAAUUCUGUUUUGGUCACUCAUGGGAGUUAAAGGGUUGACUACUUGAAACGGAAGGUGGUGUAGUGAUGUGUUAAACAGUGGAAGUGGUAUAUUAUCGGUUAACACUACAGAAAGUAGUUACCUAAAUUAUAUUCACGCUGCUUAAGCUUGAAGCCAAUUAUUUAUAAAGACAUGAUUUCUUUGUGGUAGGUAAAUUUGACCUUCUCGUUAAACGGGCAGACACGUGCAUCAGUGUGUGUGUGUGUGUGUGUGUGUUUGAGUGAUGGACAAUAACUUGUAUUUAUAUCAAUUGAGAGAUGCUUUUUUGUAAAUGUUUGAAAUCUUGGUAAAGGCGUUGCGUUACGGAGAGUGCGCUACAGAGUGACACUCUUUUC